UCGAAAAAGAGCACCAGCAUGGACCGUACGGGAGGUACUGGAUCUGAUCGCUAUAUGGGGAGAGGAUUCAGUGCUAGCAGAACUUCGUUCAAAAAGACUAAAUGCAAAAACUUUUGAAAAAAUCUCCAAGGGCAUGAUGGAGAGAGGCCACAAUAGGGACUCAGAUCAGUGCCACAUGAAAGUCAAGGAGCUCAGACAAGCCUAUCAAAAAACAAAGGAGGCAAACGGUCGCUCCGGGUCAGAGCCGCGGACAUGCCGCUUCUACGACGAGCUGCAUGCAGUUCUAGAGGGGGCCGCCACCACUACCCCACCUCUGACCGUGGAUUCCGAGGGGGGGAUCAUCUCAUCAGCUACACCUGAGGAUUCUGCGGACGGGGAAGAGGAGGAGGAGGAGGACGAGCUUGCAGAGAGCACCGAGCACUCCGUUCUCCCCAACAGCCAGGAUCUUUUUCUCAGCCUGACUGAAGUACCCUCCCAACCCAGUAUCCAAGACCACGACCCCAUGGAAGGGACCUCAGCUGCUGCAAAUUCUUCAAGCCUCCCUCCUCUGUCCCGAAGGCUAUCACAGAUAAGGCGUCGGAAAAAGAAGACGCGAGACGAGAUGUUCGCAGAAAUCAUGGAAUCCACCCGCAGUGACAGAGCUCAUCUGAAUGAGUGGAAGGACACGGUUUCAAAGUAUAGGAAAGAAGACAGUGAACGUGAGGACAGGAGGGACCAACGUGAGGAGAGGAGAGACGCUCGAGAUGAGAGGUGGUGGCAGGAAGAUCAGAGGAGGCAGGAUGCAACACUGGGGCUGCUGCGUGAGCAAACAGACAUGCUCCGGCGUCUGGUGGAGCUUCAGGAACGGCAGCAGGAUAACAGAGUGCCGCUACAGCCCCUGUAUAACCCCCCUCCCCCCUCACCAUGUUCCAUAGCCUCCUCAUCCAGACGUGUAAGAACGCGGGGGGGGAGGCUCUGUACACCUUCCCAUUCCACCCCAGUGGACAGCCCAAGCAAAAGGCUGUCAUUUUUUUAACCUUUUUUUAGUGGCCUUUUCCUUCCCCCCGAUCCU